CUUCCAACUACCACAAUGGGCAAGACGAGUUUCACCUCCAAUCCCUAUCCAAACCUAAAGCUCACCGAAGCAGAUCGGGAGAGCCUGCUACGACUGGAGUCGGAUAUGAUUCUAGAAGUCUUCCCGAAAUACGAAGAGUUCGUAGUCGUCGAUAAACGAAAGGUGAAGCGUGCGCAAUGGAAGGCCAUCGGUGACGACAAUAACCUCCACGUCUACGUAGAACGAGAAGAUUAUAACAACAGCCUCGAAGAUGACAUUCCCAUUCAAGAACCCAACGAUAGUUGGCAGAAACACAUGCCUAUCAUCCUCGCUGUGGGGACUUUCGAGGGAGAAUUAAACGACCUCAUGUUCGGUACUGUGAACCCGACACAGGAGAUCAUGCGGGUCAAGGCCUCGUAUGUCAAGGACUACAGCGACGGCGCAGUACUUGCCAACAUCAUCGUACCAACCGUGGAAGACCCUUUCCGUUCUGUAUCCAUCAAAUGGACCCAGAUCAACCUCCCACUCAACCAGACUGGACUGAUUCAAAACCGCGACUUUGUCUGUCUAGAAGCGACUGGUAUUCUACAUUUCGCGAACGGGGACCGCGUCGGCUACCAGCUUCUUCAUUCCAUCGACUUCCCAAACACUCAGCCACUCCCCGGAACGAUCCGUGCUCGCCACAAGAUCAUCGGUUUCUAUCGACAAAUCAGCCCCAACGUCAUCGACACGUACGCCUUCGAUACUGUCCAUCCUGGCGGUAAAGUGUUCCGAUCGGUGGCUCUAAAAGCCUCAGCUGAAGCGCUACUUUCCACCACAAACUACGUCAUCUGUGGCCAAGCCAAGAAGCUCACGUGGAGGCUACAACACCGCCAAGCGGAGACUCGAUCGUUCCGUCAUCGAAGCAGCACCCGCAGUGUGCUCGGUGACAAAUCUUGUACAGCUUGUGCUCGAAAUCUGGCGCCUGGAAGUUUCGGGUUCCCUAGAGUGGCGACUUUGCGGAAGAGUGUGUGUAAACUCUGUAUGAACCCUGUAUGCCACAAGUGCAAACGUCCCAAAGGGAUCAGCUUCCUCACUCCGGAUGGGAAGCUUCUUCGACACAAAAUCACAUUCUGUGUCAUGUGUAUGAGUGAAGUCACGCAAAUGGAUGCAUUGCCAGCAGCACGCGACCAAGCGGAAGGAUACCAGGCCUACAACGUCAUGGCUUCACUUUCCGGAUCCGACAUCCUAUCGGACGAUCUGGACGUAUGAGGGACCUCAGCAAUGUAGCCAUGAGGAAGGGUUGUUAUUGUCCGGAUAAAUGUAUUGAGUUGUUCGCA